AUGUAUAGCACUGGAACUCCUCCCGAGAUCGCUCCCGAGAACCCAUCUGAAUCAUUUACUGCCGAUCGCGAUACAACAAAUAAUGAGACAGUCUCGAUGCUGCCUCUUCACCCGUACGCACAUACCCCAGCGCCGUCCGCGCUGGGAAUGCCGUCCAUUUCAAGCGCGGGCGUCGACACACCGUCAUCUGGAAGCCUCGACUUGCCACCGGAUGCUCCCGACAUCGGCUCGCAACAGGCCUCCGCUCGCAUGUCGGAGAUCGUAAAUCCCUUAUCCGCCGCAAACACAUCGUCGGAGACAGAUUUCUCCGUCCCUCAAGUCGAGGAGGACAUUGGUCUCGAGAACCCCGACGAGGCUGCAGCCGACUUAGCCGCGCCUGUCGGCCCUGUUCACGGACAUGGCAAUCUGGCAUUGUAUGGGUUUCUGGUGAGGAAGGAUGAUCCAUUCGUCCCGAUCAUUCAUCCAGGCAACACCCGUGCCUACAUCGAUCAGUCGAAACAAGAGAUGGCUGAGCGGAUUGAGAUGAUGAUGACACCUUUUCUUGGCCAGGAUGGGUUGUAA